AUGCACUUAGUCUUUUCCCUCGUCCUCCCUCUCGCAACGGGGGCGGGGGCAGCGCGCCGCUACGGCUGCACGACGCGGUCCUCCCCCUUCUUCGACAGCCGCGCCCACUUCUCCGAUUCGAUCGCGUGCUCGGCGGUCGGCGCGGCGCGUGCGGAGCGCUUCGGGCAGGCUGGGGGGUCGGUGGCGCGGCGCCUGUCCCACAGCGAGUGCGUAGGGGUGCAUGGCUGCAUGGAUCCCAAGGCGUUCAACUACGACUCGAGCGCCACUUGUCAUGAAAAUAUCUGCGUGGACAAACGGCCGGGCUGCAUGAACUCGACAGCGCUCAACUACAACCCCGAAGCGAAUGUACAUUGUCCUACAGCGAUUGUCCUGGAGGGCUGCCCUUGCGAGCCGGUCCUGGAGGGCUGCAUGUCGCCCCUAGCGUUAAACUACAACUCAAACGCCAACCGGCAAGGGGUCCCGUGCGAUUUUGGCCGCCGCGGCUGCACUGACACGGCCUCCCCCGACUACGACUCGAAUGCCGAGAUCGACGACGGCUCUUGCACGGAGCAUGUCCCCGGCUGCACGGACGCAAGAGCGCCCAACUUCAUGUGCGAGGGCGGCGGGGCUGGGGGAUCCGAGGGGGCGUUGUCUCACUACUUUUGGCCGUCCCCUGUCGUAGGCUCGUGCGAGGAAUUCAUCUGGGGCUGCACCGACAGCGCGGCGGAGAACUAUAACUCCAGCGCGACCGCGUCGCGGCCGGAGGCGGUGGCGGAGCUGCGCGACCCCGAGACGCGCCGCAACGCGAUCUCUGCUCUGGUCGAGCUCUCUCAGACGGCGGGGCUCGUCGCGACCGGCUCCGAGGGCGGCUUGGCCACGCCGACGUCUCCUCGCCUGCACAUGCGCGCGCUGUGGACUGGCGCGGCUUGUCUGGACGCCUUUGGGGACUACCAGACGGACAACCGAGGGGACGUCGGCAGUUGGGGGGAGGCGGAGGCCGAGGCCGAGGCGCUGCAGGCCGCGCUGCCCUCGCUCUGCCAGCGGCUCGCCGCGGCCCUCUCCCAGCAGGCCGUCGAGGAGAUCGACCGGCCGCCGUGUCGCUCUCCGCGCUGCUGA